AUGGCAGAAUUAAAUGUUAAAAGCAGAAUUGAAAGAGCAAAGAGUAAUAACGUGGGACAGGGAAAUCUCUGUAGGAAUUGUCAUAUGCGACUUCGUCAUACUGCGCGAAAUUGUGAAUUUGACAAGUGCCCUUCUGUUUUUCAGUGCGGAGAAGAUAAGUUGCACACGGGCGAAGUUAAUUUAAAACAAAUGACGCAAAACGUAAAAAAGCUAAAAACUGAAAAAGAAAAACUAAUCGAGGAGCUGGAAAACAAAAAAUCAGCCGCUGAAAAUUUAAAGGACAAUAUCCUAAAUAAAUUAGAGGACUCGUUACUCAAUGCAGAUCCAGUGUCAUAUAAUAUAGGGGGGGUUAAAAACUGGAGUCUACUUAGGAAACAUGUUUUCGUUCUGCGAAAGUACUGUCAAACUACACUGCAUGGCCGAAUUCCGCCAAAGCAUGAGAUUUUGACUUGUCUCGAAGCUGCCCUAACAUCUAAAGAUUGCACAGGGAUAGAUAUAUCUCUCAAACAAAGUAAGAAAAAACGUGAAAACCCGGCCAGACCCACGUUAGAAAGGUAUGGAAUACAAUUUCCAACUCGUCACAGGGAAUCUCACGACUCUGAACUUGAAGAUUCUGAUGAAGAAACAUACCUCGCAACAUACGACCGUGUUAGAUCGUGUAGUCCUGAUUUAAAAAGCAACCGUGCGAGAUCGUGCAAUCAAUCUUGGAUUGAUCGAAUUAAGCCUACGAAUGAGCAAGAGGAGAAUGAGCAACUUAGACUUGCUUUGUCUGCUAGUUACGCGGAAAAUGAGUGUCAACAUGAACGCGGUCAGUAUGGCAUUGAGUCAACCUACUACAGUCGCUCAACAUUACCUCGUUCAAAACCAUCUUCUAGUUGCAACUCAACAGCAUCUAGUUCUGCUGGUACUGUGCAGGAAUCAGUCAAUAUUAACGAAGUCACUUGCACUGUAAACGAUGCAGCAGCUGCCCUACUUUCAUUGCGAAAUUUGGAUAGUGAUACCACUUGA